GAGCGGGCUUGAAUGGAAUUUUUUACCACUAACUCUGGGGAGACUGAACUACAAGGAAAUAUCCACACUUUGGAAACCACACAGCCACAAUGGAGACAAACAGUGACACCACAAAGAUCCUUGAGAAGGGUCCUGAGUACCUUCGGAGGCAAAUGGAACUGGAGAGUGAGACAAAAGGGCGCAUGAGUGCUGUGGAGAGACUUGCUGCAAGCAAACCAAAAUAUUGCAAAAGCCAGCAGGUGGUCAACUCAACCCAAGAGCCGGUUCUAAGUAUUGGUUCUGCUUCUGUGAGUAGCACUGGGUCUUCUAACCGAAGCUCAAACCGUAGUGGGAACCCUCUUACAGGCAGUGACUCACCAAGGGAUGCAGGUGUGAGACAGUUCUGCCCUCCAGGACAUGUGCGUCGACUCGGCUCCAAAAAGCGACCAGACUCUCUUCUACUUUACAGACAGAAGUGCGAGUUACUCGGAGGGUCAGUAAAUGAUCGGAAACACCAUAUAAGUCGUAAGCUGCUGCAUAGUUCUGUCAAUAAAAAUGUCCCACUGCUUGAGACCACGGACAAGGAAUGUACGUCUGAAGGCAACAUGAUAAAAAUCACCACACCUGAGGGAACAACAGAGGAAUGCAGAUCACAUUCUGGGAUCUCUCAGUCAAAGAAGAGUUCAGAUGGACUGACAGAACAAUGCAGAAACAAGAGCAGUGAUUCUGGACCAAAGAAGGCAGCUGGUGAUCUCCUUGAGGUUCCUGUGUUUAGGAGGACUGCUGGCAAGGGGGUCAGCCGUUCACACUCCGACAUCAGCUCUAGGUACUCCAAAAACUUUGCAGACUUUGAUGCAUUCUUCAAAUACUGCGGCCUGGACGGGGAUAUCAUUAAGUCUUUGGGGAAGGAGAACUUCUCGGCACGUUCUGAUGAGAUCGCAAUAAACAUUCGGAGCAUCAGCGUGUCUACAUCAGACGAUGGCUUCUCAAAGAGCAGCGGCGGCAGUGACGGGCUACUGGAGGAUGAGUUACACAAGAAGAUACGACAGGGUACAUCAGUUAUUGAACGCAAUGCAAGGAUUAUCAAAUGGCUAUAUAGCUGCAAAAAUGCUACAGAGACUGGAAAAAAGUUAAGAGACCUUGACUAAUUUUUCUUUGGUGGCUCAAUGCUCACUAGAUACUUUACAUUUUAUUUUAAAAUGCUCAUGACAAGAGCAGUGUCUGGUGUACUGUGUAGAGUUAGUUGUGAAAAACGUGUGUCCUUGCGUUUCUCCUGCUCUGCAUUUAUUCACAACUGUUGAUCAUUUGAGGCCACAGUAAGUGUUUCUUUCAGUCCAAUUGAACUGACUCUGAGCACAAAUGAUAAGGUAGUGUUUCUGAUCAAAACUUGCAUAGAACUAUUCAAAUGUUUGCUCUGUCACACUGGGAAGAUGUAAGGUAAAAAUAUCAUAUUUGUAAUUAUGUUUCACCCUUGAAAAUUGCACCAAGGGAGCCACACCCUGACCAAUCAGGUGUGAAGAACAUCUGAGGGGAUCUUGACUCUCUGUUAGCGGGACUUCAGCGAUGGACCCUGCACACCAUGUGGGCUCUGGGUCGUGGCCUUUGUG